GCGCGGGAAAGGCGAACAUGGCGGCGGGGAGCGAGCGCUGAUCUGGGAUUCCUGCCCCAGCUCUCCCGGGAUCCCACUGACCUGCCCCCAUCCCCUGUCCGGAGCCGCGUGGUCUGGGCCCCCCCGGGUGUCUCGGCCGGGAUCCCGCCAUGGAGGAGGUGGAGUCGCGAUUCCUGCACCUGCUCCAGCCCAUCCGGGACCUCACCAAGAACUGGGAGGUGGACGUGGCCGCCCAGCUCGGGGAGUACCUGGAGGAGCUGGAUCAGAUCUGCAUCUCCUUCGACAACGGGAGAACCACCAUGAAUUUCACGGAGGCGGCGCUGCUGAUCCAGGGCUCUGCCUGCAUCUACAGCAGGAAGGUGGAGUACCUGUACAUGCUUGUCUGCCAGGCACUUGACUGCAUCUCCAAUAAAAAGAGGGAGAAGCUGCCCACCUCCCUGAGACCCGACGGCCGGGAUGACGAUGCCACCUUCACAGACGUGCAGGAGCAGCAGUUCCUGUCCCUGGAUGACAUCAAGGACACCAGCCAGGCCAGCGUGGACAUGAGCAGCAAUCAGCAGCCCAGUGCUGUGAACGUCGUUCCCUUGACCCCGAUGUCUCUGGUCCCCCCGGAGGAGAUGGAGAAGAAGGAAAACCCCCUGUUGAGCCGGAAAGGGGAGGUCCUGGCGAGCCGGAAGGAUUUCCGGAUGAACACCUGCACCCCCCACGCCACGGGAGCGUUCCUGCUGGAGCUGGCCGGGCUCUCCCCCACACACCUGCAGGAGCAGCGCCUGCGGAGCCCCAGGAGAGCCACAGGAGCUCCGGGAUCUGGUCCUGGUGUGGAGCAUCCGAGUGCCAGCGUGGCUCCAAUCCGGGCACUGAGCUUCUCUGAGGAGGCAGGUGCUGCAGGACCAGAUGAUGACAACGACAUUCCCGGGGCCCUGGGGGACGACGUGGAAAUGACUCUGGCCCCGAAUGAACACAUUGAGGCACAGAGGAGUUCACCCCGGACACGGGGAUACGUCCUGCGGGAGAAACCCCCCAGCCAGGACCCCAGAGCCCACAGCAAGGAGGUGCCAGAUCCAUGGCAGAGCCUCGACCCCUUCGGAGACUCCGAGGAGAAGCCGUUUAGGAAAGGGAGGCCCUUCCUGAUGUCCCGCAGCCUGGACGACGUGGUGGGAGGCAAGAGGAAGAGGAGGGGCCCCAGGAAGCUCCAGGACUUCAUGAGGUGGUUCUCUGCAGCCUACAACAAUGUCACAGACAGCCGGAAAACCAGGAGGAAAGGCCCCACCUUCGCAGACCUGGAAGUGCUGUACUGGCGGCAGCUGAAGGAGCGGCUGGCGGCACAGAGGAAGCUCAAGAGCCAGGGGGAGCCGCUGUGGGAGCCGGAGCUGGAGCAGGAGCGUGGGGCUGACUGCGACCAAGGGGCAGCAGAUGAUGAUUUUGUGGAGCAUGAGGAUGUGGAGGAGGAUGUGGAGCCCGAGGUGCCAGAGGAGUUGGGAGAAGGAUCCCUGGACUCCCCGGAGCUGGGAUAUGAAGAGCUGGUGCGCAGGAACGUGGAGCUGUUCAUGGCCAGCUCCCAGAAGUUCGCGCAGGAGACGGAGCUGUCCCAGCACAUCCGGCGCUGGGAGGAGCAGAUAGAGCCACUGCUGCAGGAGCAGGAGGCCCGGGCGCCCUUCGACAUGCGGGAGUACGGGCUGGCCCUGACGGGGCGCUGCGGGGGGCUGGGACGGUGGCACUCCCUCGCCAGCCUGGUGGCCGGGCAGCCCCCCUUCGAGGUGUGCCGGUACCUGCUGGCCUCGCUGCAGCUGGCCAACGACGGGGUGGUGGAGCUGGAGCAGGACGAGGGGCUGGAGGCGGCGCUGGACACGGCGCGGCUGCGGCUGCUCACCCUGCGCCCCGCCCACGAGAGGUUCCAGGGCUUCCAGCCCCCCUCCCUCAGGGACCCCCACCCCCAAUAAACCCCCCGUGUGCAGGAGCA